CCUACAUAUCCUGCUGCAAUGUUUCUUGGUGAUAGUGAUGGGGAAGGGAUGAGCUUAGUAUUAUAUUUUCAAAUUUCUGAAUGUUUUGAUAAAGAAGUUUCUGAUAAUUUCCAGAAUUUAGUAAGGAAAUUUAUUGAUGAUGAAAUGGAAAGGACCAAAGGGUUUGCAAUGGAAACCACCAUUCCAUUUAGAGAGAGGUUGAAAAUCCUUGGUGGGUUGAUUAACCCAGAGGAUCUUAGUUUGAGUUCCACAGAAAGGAAGCUAAUACAAGGCUACAAUUUUAAGCCUGUACUUUCACGCCCUCAACACAGUUUUUAUCAGGGCGAAAAUUACUUCGAGAUUGACCUUGAUAUACAUCGGUUCAGCUACAUAUCAAGAAAGGGACUGGAAGCAUUUAGAGAACGUCUGAAGGAUGGAAUCCUUGAUCUGGGUUUGACAAUUCAGGCUCAGAAGGUAGAUGAACUCCCCGAGCAGGUCCUCUGCUGCGUGAGGCUGAAUAAGAUCGACUUUGUCAAUCAUGGGCAAAUUCCAAGCAUCGUUGCCCUCGACAAUUGAUGUGGAUCAACAGUGAGCAAGUAGCCGUGUUGAAUGUGAUUCGCUUAUUACUUUAUUGAUUUCUUUCUCCAGCAAUUUACCCCAUUUUGUGUUUUGCUUAAACCCAUACCGGGUGCCUUGUUGGUGCAAUUGUUUUCUGUGUGUUGGCAUUGCUAAAAGUUGAAAAAACUUCCUUCUACGCGAUAAUACACGCACGAUAGAUUGACUGAGUGCACAAACUGCAUAAGCAUCAGUGGUAAGCUAGGGUGCAGUUGAUC